AUGGAUUUGGACCAAGAGGAAGACUGUCGGACCGGAAAUGUCACCUUGACUGCCAAACCUACGGCCCAGACGCUGGCUCCUGAGCACGAGGCUCCCCAGAAUCUUGCAAUUGCGGCCGGCGUGCCGACUAGCACAUGCAUCGGUCAUACAAUUCUACGGAUCUACCGUUGCACACCGACACCAACGAUUGUAUUAGACGGCUCCCUACAAGUAGUGGAAGUCUCUGAGAGCUACGAGGCUUUGUCCGAUACGCCUCGGGACCAGACAAUCAACAUUAGCGUGUACGCGUUGACACCGCGCGUGAUCCUGGCCCCAGACAUCGCAUCGUUAAGUGGUGCGCUGGGAAUGGCUAUCGCCACGCGGGCCGUUCAAGUGAUCAACAAUGUUCGCGUCGGGAGGAACGAUGUAGACAUCGCAUUCCACAUAACACCGAUUUUUGACGACGAUGACUUGAUAUACGUACUCAUGGAGGUGCAAAAAGCGAAACGUGAAAUGGCUGAAUUGAAGGUCAUGGGGGAACAGGUCUAUCCGAACGAGCUGUACAGAGUUAUUGUCGACGCCGUGAAGGACUAUGCCAUUUUCAUGUUGGAUACAUGGGGUCACAUCACGACUUGGAACUCGGGGGCCGCGACUUUGAAGGGGUACACAGCCGAAGAGAUCAUCGGCCAGCAUUUCUCCAUCUUUUAUGGGCGCGAGGACUGUGAGAAGAACAAGCCCGCCCGGGAGUUGGAGAUUUGUUUACAGGAGGGCAAGGUGGAGGACGAAGGAUGGCGUUACAGGAAAGAUGGCACACGAUUCUGGGCCAAUGUGAUGAUCACGGCGACCCAUCAAUAUGGCCGCCACGUGGGAUUUGUGAAGGUCACCCGUGACAUGACUGAACAUAGAGCAGCUGAAGCGCGCCUCAUCGAUGCUUUCGAAGAAUCAUCCAACCUGAAGUCUCGUUUCUUGGCCAGCAUGUCGCAUGAGCUGCGCACCCCGAUGAACGGGAUGUCUCUGGCUCUGGCCAUGCUUAUGGAUACACCGCUGAAUGACAACCAGCGCGAAUAUGCAUCCAUGCUCGAGGACUCAGGCAAGUUCCUCAUGCAGGUGAUAAACAACUUGCUGGACUACUCCCAACUGUCGUCGGAUCCUUUACUUUUGCACACAGAUAUCUUCAGUAUUCCCGACGAGGUCAGCAUGGUGACCCGCAAAUGCGACCGGCUGCGGUUCCGGCAGGUUCUGCAGAAUCUGGUCAGCAAUGCGGUGAAAUUCACAGAAUGCGGAUAUGUCCGCGUCGAUGUCACGUACACCGUCGAUGAGGAUGAUCCUGAGACAUAUAUCAUCACGGCUCGGGUAGUGGAUUCCGGGGUCGGCGUCCCACAUGAUACUAUCAAUUCUCUCUUCGAACCCUUAACCCAAUUUGCAGACUCAGCCACCAAGAGUUUUCCGGCUACUAGGCUGGAAUUCUCGAUCUGCAAAACUUUAGCCGAGUUGAUGAAUGGAACGGUUGGCUUCCAUGCGAAUCCCGACGGGCCGGGCAACGUAUUUUGGAUGGCCGUAAAGGUGGGUCGCGUCGAUACAUCGAAUUUUCAAGCAAAUCAGUCGCGCUCAUGGGAAGACGAAACGCCGCUUGAUACUUCUGUCCUCCUCCAGAAGGUUGCCCCGCAGACGCAUAUCCUGCUAGUCGAGGACAACAAGAUCAAUCACACUAUCAUGCUAAAGCUUCUGAAUAGUCUCGGGUUUGACCGGUUGGAUGCCGCCUGGGACGGUGCGGAAGCCGUGCAAAUGGUGAAAUCAAAGCCACUCGCCUACAGCCUGAUCUUGAUGGACAUCAAUAUGCCGGUCAUGGAUGGCUUGACGGCGACAGAGCAUAUUCGCAAAAUGAAUGCAGCUGUGCCUGUCAUUGCGCUGACAGGGAACGCUUUGAAGGGCGAUGCCGAGACCUACCUGGCCAGGGGCAUGAAUGACUGUGUUGCUAAACCACUGCAUCGGCAGCAGCUGGUAAAUGUACUUUGGAAGUGGUGCGGAACGUAA